CAUCGCGGUGGACAGUCUUUGCCGAACGUUCGUAUUGUAAGGGAGAACCCGGCCAACCACUCUGUAGAAAACAACCUGCGUCAUGGCACCGAUUGUGUUGUACAGUACUCGCCGUACGCCGGCCGGCAGAGCCGUAGAGCUGACGGCGAAGAUGAUCGGGCUGGAGCUGGACGUGCAGUACAUCGAUCUGACCAAAAAGGAGCAGAUGACGCCCGAGUUCCUUAAGAUGAAUCCAAUGCACACGGUACCAACCGUCAACGAUAAUGGUGUCCCGCUGUACGACAGCCACGCCAUCAUUAUCUACCUGGUGUCGAAGUACGCGAAAGAUGACGCCCUCUACCCGACGAAGGAUUUGGUCAAGCAGGCAAACAUUAACGCACUGCUGCACUUCGAAUCGGGCGUCCUGUUCGCUCGACUGCGGUGGAUUCUGGAGCCGGUGUUUUACUGGGGACAGACGGAGGUGCCGCAGGAGAAGAUCGAUUCGGUACUGAAGGCGUACGAGCUGCUGGAGGCCACGCUGAAAACCGGCGGUACGGAUUAUCUCGUCGGCAGCACGAUCACGCUGGCGGACAUCUCCGUCAGUACGUCACUGAGCACGCUCAAUGCACUGUUCCCGGCCGAUGCCACCAAGUACCCGACGGUGGUGGCGUACCUGAAGCGGCUGGAGCAAACGAUGCCACACUACAAAGAGAUCAACACCGAACGUGCUAACGAGGCGCUGCUGCUGUACAAUCAGAAACUCGGCAAAGUCUAAGCAUGGGGCCACAAAAUGGGAGAGUCUCCGACGAUACGCAUUUAUAUUGACACAUAACUGAAUAAAAGCUUCCAAUAUGAGCAUCUUAAAGUGAAAGAGAUUUAUUGGAGAUUCUUGCCGCCGGUCACAUAAACUGUUGCGCGUUGGCUUCCUUCUUUCCCAGCACGAACUCGGCCAGCUCGAGCGCUCCCGUGCCGUUCGCCUCCUCGUAGUACGGUAGCUCCUCCAUACGCUUGAUCCAGGCAGCAAUUUUGGGGAACUUGGCUUCGUCCAGUGGAACCACACCGACCAGGGUCGCGAUGCUAGAGAUGCAGCUAAAAUCGGCUAUCGUUAGGCUAUCCCCGACCAUGUACUCGUUCACGAGGAAAUCCUCCAGCAGGCGAUACGCUUUCCGGAUGUGCUCAACACGAUCGGAGUGGAAGUACGAUUUGCCCGAAUAAAUUACCGGUUC